GAUGAUCCUGAAUUCCGUACAACGCAAGUGUAUGUUCGCAACAAUAUUGCUAAUAUUGGAAAUCUCACUGAAGGAAUGCCGGCACCUGAUUGCCCAUUGGUUCCUCUAGAACCUUCGAUUUUUACAGCAAUAAUUGAUAAUGGUAACACUACUUCACCAAAUUUAGUUCCUUUACGUUCGCUUUGUAAAUCAGGACGACCUCUUGUUCUUCUUGGUGGAUCAUAUACUUGUCCUUUAUACCGAUACAUUUCUCAUGUACUCAAUGAUAUAUACGUUCGAUAUAAAACACAAGUAGAUUUUUACAUGAUUCAAAUCCGAGAAGCACACGCCUCUGAUGUUUGGCCCAUUGGUAACAUUGUAGAUGUUAAGGAGCAUCGCACAUUGUCUGAUCGUUUAGCUGCUGCUCGUGAAAUGGUUAAAAAAACCCAGUUAGAAAUUCCCGUACUAGCAGAUACAAUGGAUGAUACUUUUUUAAAAUUGUACUCACCAUGGCCAUUCCGCUUUUUUGUCAUUGCGGAUGGUACUUUAAAACUUGUUGGAAUGCCAAAAGAAGCACAUUACGAUACAACAGAUCUCGUUAAAUGUUUAAAUGAUCUUUUAUGCGACAAAAAGGAAUAAUAUCUUUUUUUUAAGUUUCUAAGGCUAUUCAAACUUGUAAUAUAUAUUCAUAUUUAUACGCAGUUUUUUUGACUUGUUUUUGUAUUUUUUGUAUUAUAUAAGAUCUAUACAUCUAACUAUAUACAGUAUAUAUUGAGAUAGCUUUAAGCAGACAAUACCAACUCGAAGCCUAUUAUGAACGAUUCUAUCUAUUGAGGAUAGCAUCUUUGACAAUAGGUAAAAGUAAUACUACAAAUACAUCAGUUCUCAAUUUUUUCAGUCACGGACCCUAAAAGUCCUGCAUGUG